CUCUGUGGACAAUGUUUUCAAGGAAUACAAGUAGAAUUCGUCAUUAGGGCACCAAUCGCACCACUUUAAAACAAGAAGAAAAACACCAUUAAUACGUUUUAAAAAGUGUUAUAUGUGUUUUUACAGUAUCUAAGGAUGUCUGUCGACGCUUUUGGAGAAAGUGAGGAACACUCCGGAUUGCUGAAGUUCUCCUCGGCUCUGUUUUACGCCGGCAGCUCGUUUCUUAUCACCGUGGUGAACAAAACCGUGUUGACGAGUUUCAGAUUUCCCUCCUACUUGUGUCUGGGAAUUGGACAGAUGAUCACCACGAUUCUUGUCCUUUACGUGGCUAAAAUGAACAAAACGGUGCAGUUUCAAGAUUUUGACAGGAGCAUUUUCUUUAAAAUUUUCCCUCUUCCUUUGCUUUAUGUUGGGAACCAUGUAACAGGACUGGCAAGCACCAAAAAACUCAGUUUACCCAUGUUUACAGUCCUACGGAAAUUCACCAUACUGAUGACAAUGAUCUUGGAAGUAUUUAUACUAAGGAAAACAUUUCCAAGAAGUAUUGUCUACAGCGUUGUGGCCAUAGUCUUUGGUGCCAUUGUUGCUGCAAGCUCGGACUUGGCCUUCAGCAUGGAGGGUUAUAUUUUCAUUCUGCUCAAUGAUGCCUUCACAGCAGCCAGUGGUGUGUACACCAAAAAGAAACUUAAUGAUCAGGGCCUUGGGAAGUAUGGCGUCUUGUUUUACAAUGCGCUCAUCAUCAUCAUCCCCACUAUCUUGGCAAGUGCAUUCACUGGUGAUUUGCAGAAGGCAAUCGCUUUUGAGGACUGGCUGAAUGUCACAUUUGUUUUUUGUUUUCUUAUGUCCUGUUUCAUGGGGUUUGUAUUGAUGUACUCCAUAGUCCUGUGCAGCUAUUAUAACUCAGCACUUACUACCACAGUAGUUGGGGCAAUAAAGAAUGUUGCUGUAGCAUAUAUUGGCAUUUUUGUGGGAGGAGACUACCUGUUCUCUUGGAAAAACUUCAUUGGCCUCAGCAUUUGUAUGUCAGGAGGGCUUGUGUAUUCAUAUUUCACCUUCAGCAAUAGCCAGGCAGCUGAAGGUAACAAAAACAGAGAAGAGCUGAAGAUUCACAUCACUUCCGAUUCACCAGGGAAGAACUGAGCCAAAUAUUUUAGCAUCCACCACUUGGUGGCGUUGUUCUGCUCCAUAUUGGAGCAUUAUAUGCCUUCACUUGUAUUUGAAAAACAGCAAUUGUACCAAUGAAUUUAAUUCAAUUUCCAAAAUCAUGAAUAAAGUGCAACAAACUGGGUAAAA